AUGUCUUGGAUCCCGCCGAACUUGGCAGAGCUCUGCCCGCCUUACAGUCAAGUUUCGACGUGUCAGCCACCAGUGAUGCUUUUUAUGAAUUUUUUGGCGACCCUGUUCGGCUACUCUCUCGACAGCCCUGCGCGCGGAGUUCGCCCGGAAAGUGACUUUUUGUCCUUUGCUCCUUUCGGUCCUGGCAGAACGACCACUCCGGUAGCGCUUAGCAACAAUUUGGACCGAAGUUAUCAGUCCCACGACUACUACGGAAGUGGCCAAUAUUUCGAACAGUCUUUGAGGAUCAAGCGGCAGGUCGUAAAACCAGUCACCUACUACAACUCCCUGCACCACUACUACAGCUCCAACUUCGGCAAGCGUCUCGAGCCUACGUACCGGCAGUUUUCGCCCCAACCUACGAGCGUCUAUGGGCAACCCGAGGCUUUUCCAAUAGCUCAUUAUCACCACCGUGCCACGGCCUUUGAUCCGCAGCCGCGGAGCUACUUUCACGACAACUGGAACAAUGAAAACGAGGAGUACGCGCCCCCGGCAGCGCGGGCCGUCUUUCCCGAGCCCGUGGAUUCGCACGCCGAGGAGUACGACUUUAUCGUGGUCGGGGCUGGAUCAGCUGGUUGCGUCAUUGCCAAUCGGCUCAGCGAGAUCGGCCAUUGGAAGGUGCUGUUGCUGGAAGCGGGAAUAGAAGAGCCGCUGGUAGCCGAAGUGCCAGCUUUUGCACCAGCGCUGAGGGGAAGCAACAUAGACUGGCAGUAUAGGACGACGCGCAUGAAGAGAGCGUGUCGAUCCAAGAGAGGCGGGACGUGUUCCUGGUCGCGCGGCAAGGUGAUGGGCGGAUCAAGCGUGUUGAAUUACAUGAUGUACAUUCGCGCGAACAUGGAGGAUUACAAUGCGUGGGCUCGCAUGGGUAACGAGGGCUGGAGCUACGACGAGGUGCUGCCGUACUUUAAAAAGUCCGAGGCCAAUCUUGAUCCCGAAGUGGUACACAAGAACCGAAAAUACCACAGCCAGCACGGCUACCAGACGGUCGAAUGGUUCAAAUACAUGGACCCGAACGUGCGGGUAGUGAUAAAUGGCUUCGAGGAGGCCGGCUACAGAUUCGUCGACCCGAACGCCGCGACGCAGCUAGGCACCGUCCACUACCAAUCGACGGCCUUCCGGGGCGCCCGCAUGAGCACCAACGCCGCCUUCAUCCGCACCAUCCGGGACAAACGCCCGAACCUCACGAUACAGACCCAAGCCCAAGCCACGCGCGUCCUCAUCGACCCCACGACCAAAGUCACCCACGGCGUCGAGUACUACAGCACUCGCAGCGCCACCACCAAGGUGGCCCGCGCCCGUAGGGAGGUCAUCGUCAGCGCCGGGGCCAUCGACUCCCCGAAGCUGCUCCAACUGUCCGGGGUAGGGCCAGCCGAGUGGCUCCACGGCCACGGCAUCCAACUCGUGCAGGACCUACCGGUGGGUCGUAACCUCCAGGACCACGUGACCACGGACGGGCUGAUCGUCCAACUGUCCAACGCCACCGCCACCAGCAAGAACCCCGAGGCCAUCAAACGCGACGCCUACGAGUGGCUGCACAGCCAGACCGGGCCUCUGUCGGCUCACGGCUCCCUCGGCGCGGGUGCCUUUGUCCAGACGCCCUUCGAGACCAGCCCCGACCAGCCGGACAUGCAGUACUGCUUCGAUGGUACGAGCGUGGGCGACUACUUGGCCGACCCGACCGAAUCCGUGGAGACGGCCGUGAUGCCGCUGGCCUACUACGACGGGCUGAACGUGAGGCCGGUGCUCCUGGCGCCCCGUAGCCGAGGCACCGUGAGACUGAACCGGACCGACCCGGUCUUUGGGGCGCCGAUCAUCGAUCCUAACUACUACGGCGCCGAGCCGGAUCUCGAGGCCAUGCUGGCCGGCAUCCGGAUAUUCGAGGAGCUGUUGGGCACCCGAGCCUUCAGGGACAACGGACUACGGUUGCUGGACGUGCCGCUGCCCUCGUGCGUUACCUACCGAUUCGACAGCGACGACUACUGGCGCUGCGUCCUCACCGAGUACACGACCACCCUGUAUCACCCCUCGUGCACCUGCAAGAUGGGCCCGAGGGGUGAUCCCACCGCAGUGGUCGACCCGAGACUCAGGGUACACGGGGUCAAAGGUUUGAGGGUCGCCGACGCGUCCAUCAUGCCCUUCGUCGUGAGGGGGAACACCAACGCCCCGACCAUCAUGAUCGGCGAGAAGGCGAGCGACAUGAUCAAGGAGGACUGGCUCCGCGAGGGACAAGAUCCUGGGGUGCUCUUUGGACGGCGAUGA